CUAAAGCUAGGUAAUAACUGCUUUCUACGUAGGAAUCCUGGUCGAGAAUGUAUAAUAACUACAAUAUAGCAAACGAGUGAUAUGAGACUUAGUCCUACACAGAAAAGAAGUUGAUAAAUAACCUAUUCAAUUAACCUAAUUAUCUCAGCCCAAUACCUGCUCCACUCCUCUUACUAAUCUACCCAUAAAUGUACCUAGUAAUCAUGGCUUUGGCCUCAAUCAGCCUUUUUGGGCCUCAGAGUUUAACUCGAAAAGACCUUCCGAUCGGCCUCACAUAUGCAUCAAGUUAUCGUACCAUUAUAAUAUGUGCCUCAGGUUAUUUCAAGCUGCCCGCACUUUGUGUUACCCAAGGCACCUACGCCUACCUAAAUCCAUCUAAAUCCAUGGAAGCUAACCCCCUCGUUCCUACGUCGCAGAGAGCUGCUAUUGGAUCCUGCAGCUGCCCGCUACCAGCCGAUCAAUCCCGCCAUACCACCUUUUGAACUUUGUUCGUUAGGGUCAUUACACUUUCCCCAUCUUGUUUCCUGACAAGGCUAUCUCCUCCCUAAUGCUUUAUUAAUCCACACCUACCUGCCUA